UGUUGCUGCAACUUAUGAACAACAAUGGAGAAAGUUUUGGCUUUAAAGGAAAUGAUGAAGAAACACGCUCCCAAGAGGGAGAAUCUGGACCCUCGGAACUGGAUGAAAAACGAACAAGUGAAGAAAGUUUAUGAUUUAAUUUUUAACAAAGAGCCAGAAGAGGACACGGACAACAGUUUCGACCACAAAGAAAUGUUACUGCAAACAGAGAAGCUGUUUAUUGAAGCAGCUAAGAGCAAUGAUAUAGCGGCAAUGAAGAUUCUUGGAAGGGGUUUAAAUGCCAAUGCAAAGAAUGCGCAUAAUAGGACUGCCCUUCACUAUGCAGUCGCCGGCAAAAACAAGGAAGCGGUUGAGCUGCUUCUACGGCGCAGGGUUCAAGUGGAUCAGAGAGACAAGUUUGGUGUGGCACCCAUUCAUUUAGCUGCCUGGUUUGGCAGCUUGGAGAUCCUGAAAUUAUUAGUGCGGGCUGGAGCGGAGCAGAAGGUUGAGAAUGAGGAAGGACUAAACAUCUUGCACUGCGCUGCCAUCAACAAUCACACUGAAAUAGUGGAUUAUAUUGUCAAUGACCUACAAAUGAAGGAACUGGAUAAAGAUGAUGAGUCAGGCCAUUGCGCAUUUGCUAUGGCAGCAGAGCAUGGCUGCGUGCAAAUGCUAGAAAUGCUGAUGGAGCCGUGUUACAACAUGGACACCAUGAAGCCCAACAAGAAAGGAGACACGCCCCUGCAUUUAGCUGCCAAGAACGGCCACUUGGACACAGUCCAACUGCUGCUGCAAUGCUUUGAUAUCCGGGAUGAAGUUAAUACGGAAGGUGAGACUGCUCUGUACCAGGCUGCUGAGAACGCUCAGGAACACUGCGUCCUAGCUUUGUUGAAAGAUGACUGUGACCCCAACAUCCAAACAACAACAAAAUACUGUGCCCUUCACCCAGCUUCAGAGAGAGGAGAUGCAUCUCUUGUCCGACUCCUCUUAGAAUAUAACGCCAACACAGACUUUCAGAAUGAGGACCUAGAGACUCCUCUUCACUUGGCUGUGAAGAAUAGCCACCUCCCUAUCAUUCGUUUUCUAUUGGAAGCAGGAUGUGACUUUCAAAUCACCAACAAGAGAUCUCAGACAGUCAUCCAUCUCGCUGCUGAGCUGGCAAAAAUAGAUGUGGUUGAAAUGCUACUGAAAACUGAAAUUGAUCUUACAGUGGUGGACUGGCAAGGAAAGACUGUGCUCGGUGUGGCGGCCAGAGCAGAUGAAGUGAUCAUUGUGGAUAUGAUAAUCAAGGCAGAACGAUACAGGGCAUGGAAAACGGCCCACCCAGAUUGGAAUGAGAGUAUUCACAGCGAGAACCCGCUAACAUUCAAACUGGACCACCGAAAUGAGACCAAGCAUAUUCGCUCCAUUAUCUGGCGCUUAGCCUAUGAGCUCCUGAAGCCAAGAGACUGGAAGCGUCUGGCUGAACACUUGGGAUUCACGCUGGAGCAAGUGUCAGCUAUCGAGACACAGUGGACAGGUCAGCACAGCUACAGAGAACAUGGCAACAGGAUGCUGCUGAUCUGGUUCCAUGGAGCGGAAUUUGCCGUGGAAAGUCCUAUGAUAGAACUUUAUAAAGCCCUUUUCCACACAGGAUAUGGCACAGUUGCAGAUAAGAUUAGGAUGGGCUCAGACAAUUUCAGCAGUAGGAGCUGCAGCGUCUCAUGAUUGUGACAUGCGAGAUCAAGAUUGCUUUUGUGUUAAUAUUACUUUCAAGACACAACUCUAAAAUAAUUUAAUUUGUAAACAGAAAGCACCAGAUCAUGUACAAACUUUGGUUUGCUGCUCAAUGACACAUUCAAAAUAUGCAAUGCACGUUUUUCAUUAUAUCAAAUUCAUCAUAAAUUAAGAAACAAAUCUCAUUAGAUAAGUUAAAAGUUUUACAUGUGUGGAUCGCACCACAAAUAUCAAUUAAGUUCCCAAGAAUAAUUGCUUGAUUUCUCUUGCUCCAUUCCUCUAACAAAAAGGAAAACUCACCUUUCACCAGCUGAGUUACAUCUGUAGUAGUAUUGUUGCAUAGUAAGUAAAAUCCUUCAUUUUAGACUAAGCUAGUUUGUCUGAUGUGUGUAUAUGCUUAUAUUAUUAAUCUACUACUUUGAUGGAAGUGUUGGCGUUUGUUUUGGCGGAGGUCUUUACAACAGUGGGCGUGCGUGGAGCCUGUUGGGAGGGGCGAGGACCUUUGGCUGUAGAAACCUGACCAAUAGUGUGCUUGGAAAAAAGACAGAGGGAAAAAAGCAACAUAAAGAUGCUGACACACAGAGAAACAUUUCAUAUCAUUAACAUUCCAUACCUCUGUAAUAGGUUGAUGGCGUUGUAUGACAAUGGUGGUCAUAGGUGCGGCCGCACCCAUACUUUGGUUGUUGCGUAUACUCUUACCAAUAAAUGGUUGUGCUGUGAUGCGAGCCUUGACAGUUUUCUCCGCUUUCUGUUGGCCAGCUGUAACUACGCGCCCAGAGGUCUAUG